GUCAAUUUGAUCGUUUGGCUCGAAUGUUCGUUACACAGCCUUUCUCUGUCGAUUCGUACUUAAUGCAGCUACAAUCAGUGAUAAUAGACAAGCAACAUUUCUUGUUUCUAAAACAAUUUGGCCUCCAGCAAAAUGUUCAACAAGACGAAAAUAUUCCAGAAUCCCUCAUUAUCUAUCUCAGAGUCCCAAAACUUGAUCCACGAGAACCACCGCUCGUCUACCCCAGGAUCCCAUUUGUUGGCCACCUCCUUGGAAUGAUCCAGGACCCACAUCAAUAUUUUUUCAAACUGAAUAAAAGGACAAACCAUCCUGUUGCCACACUUCCAAUACUGAACGGGAAAGUUUAUGUGAUAAACUCCCCUCAGUUAGUUCAAGCAGCCUUCCGUAACCAAUCACUCAGCCUUGCCCCGUUGGUCAACGAAUAUGUCGGUCGUAUGCAUGAACUAUCUCCGUCGGCACGACGAUCGUAUGCCGAAGAUGGUAUGCACGAGCGCAUGAUGCAGCUAUUUAUAACGAGAAUGUCUGGUGAAUCUUUAAAGAGGAUGAACACCGUUGCGAUGAGAGAAAUGAACUCAAUCUUUCAGGGUUCUUCUGCCUCGAGGGGUCAAGAAAAGAGGGUGAUUGAAACUGAAAACCUCUGGCUCUGGUUGCGAAAUAUAAUGACAGUGGUUACAACCACGGCGCUGCUUGGUCAAAAGAAUCCCUGGAAAAAGGACCCCUCCCUGAUUGAAGCUUACUGGAGUUGGGAAUCUGGUGACAUCUCACGUCGAACACCUUUAGCAGCAAUAAAGGACCGCGCGUCUCAUCAAGGUCAAAUUGCUAUACGGAAGGCCUUGAAUAUCUAUUUCGCUGAGGAGCAUCACUCAAAUGAUGUCUCCCAGUUAACGGUUGAUACAGUUGCCAUGCAGAAACAAUACAGCUUUAGCACUAGUGACUUAGCUGCUGCGUACUUGCAAGUCAUACAUGCAUCGCUAAUGAAUGCUGUCCCUACCGCCUUUUGGGUGAUGGCCCAUAUUUACAGCCGACAGGAGCUCCUAGCUAGCUUGCGGGAGGAAACAUUUAACGCUGUGAAACAACAAAGCCUUGAGAAUGGCGAGCGCCAAGUUUCCAUUGAAGUAGAUCAAUUAGACAAACUUUGUCCGAAGCUAAUGUCAGUCUUCCGAGAGGCCCAUCGUUUAGCUUCAAUAGCAACAUUACAUCGCCGUGUAGUGGAUGAUACCUUUCUUUCGGAAGGAAAUGGGCCCAACGUUCGCAGCUACCUCCUGAAGAAAGGAAUCACUGUCAUGAUCCCGACAAUAGUUGGUCUUCGUGAACCAAGGUUGUGGGGUGGUGUAGUAGCAGCGGAAUUUGAUCCUGAACGCUUUCUUGGACAGUCUAAAAAGCAACAGGGGAACAGCAGUUAUACCGAACUUCGUGGUACUGAAUCAAUCUCCAACCUCCGCAAAAAAGCUUACUUUCCUUUCGGUGGAGGUAAAGAGCUUUGUCCCGGGCGUAACUUUGCAAUCGCUGAGGUUAUGGGUAUGAUGGUGGUGCUGCUCAACGGAUUUGACAUCACGUCUGCUGAUGGGGGGACAUUGCCUUUGCCAAAGCCUGGCAAGCCGAAGCUCACGACUGGAACUGCUAGACCUGAUCAGAACGCAGACUUGAGAGCCAGGAUCAUGAGGCGGCCAGGAUGGGAGAAUGUUGUAUGGGAAACAGUGGCUGGUCCUAAAGUGACUCCUUGAUUAAGCUAACGCUUCAGAUAGAUAUGUAUCCCCUGCGAGAUAAAAUGCAUAAUAUUAUGCUACUGGUUCCUAUUCUAGUCAAUUAUGAAUGCAUAACUAGUCAAUUGCAAUGUAUUAUUGUACCGGUCCUACCCUGAAUCGUACGAUAUCCUUACCAUCCUCUUCUUCUAUACUCUACUCUCUUUUAACAGAACUGGGUUUUCACCUACAAACCCU